AUGACACGAACAACCGUAGCCAUAGCCGGAGCCACAGGCGAAACAGGCCGCUCCAUAAUCGAAGCUCUCCUCGACGAUGCCGAGAACUUCGAAGUCACAGCCCUCGCCCGGCCCGCAUCCGCAAACAACCAAAAACACGAAGCCCUCCGCGCCCGAGGCGUGAAAGUCGUCGCGGCGGACCUCGCCGGCCCGGAAGAGGCCCUCGUCGCGGCGCUGUCCGGCAUCGACGUGGUCAUCGCCCCUCUCAGCGUCCCCUCCCUGAGGGACCAGAUCCCGCUGGCGCGAGCAGCCAAGAAAGCCGGCGUGAAGCGUUUCGUGCCCAGCGAGUUCGCCAUGGCGAUGCCUCCCAGGGGUAUUCACGAUGCGCAAGACGUGAAAACAGACGUCCUCGACGAGAUCAAACGCCUCCACCUCCCCUACACCGUGAUCAACGUGGGCUGGUGGUACGCGGGCUUCAUCCCGCGCCUCCCCUCCGGGCGAACCGCGCCGCACGUGCUCACAGCCUACAUCACGGGAGACAACCUGAUCCCGGGCGACGGCGAGGCCGUCUGCGCCGUGGUCGACACGCGGGACAUCGGCCGCUACGUCGCGCGCAUCAUCCGCGACCCCAGGACGCUGAAUAAGUGCGUGCUGGCGAGCGGGUUCGCGCACAGGAUGAACGAGCUUUACGACCUGGCGGAGGAGAUGUCGGGAGAAAAGAUCGAGAGGACCUACGUGUCUGCCGAGGACAUGGAGCGCAGGAUCCAAGACUACCGUCGGGCGAUUGCCGAAGGGGAGACGGACUUCAAGGUGACUGUGAAUCUGCUGAUGAUGCAGUACUUCCUUGCCGCGGGCGUCAGGCAGGAAAACAGCCCGGAGUAUGCGGAGUAUCUGGGGUACCUGCUCGCGACGGACCUGUAUCCGGAUUUCAACCCGAUCACAUUUCGAGAGGCAUUCCAAGAGAUACUCGAUGGCAAGGCGAGACCUGCCUACAGCUGA